AUGGCAAUGUCAACUUCAAAGCUGGAGAUGAGCUUGGACCAGAUCAUUGAUGCUCAAAAGCGUAAGGGCCAAACUGCUGGAAAGAAGCCGAUGGGUGGAAACGGUGGUGCGCGUAAAGUUUUUGCGAAGAAGCGCCAACAAAACAACCGUGUUUCGAAAUUCAAGCGAAAUUCUGGUGCUAUUCGUCGAGUUGCUCGUUUUGGGAACAAAAAGAAGGCAACAGCGGGUGCUAUGCAGAAAAGAAUUUUGGUUGCAAAGCGCCAGACUUUUGCUAAUGUUAAAAACGCUAGAAUUCAGAAGAAUAGAAAUAUGAUGAAGGUUACUAAAAAUUUGGUCAGGAAGCUUGUUAAGAAAGCAAUUGCCCAGAAUUUGACUACUGUUCCGGUCAGCGUUCGUCCUAGUAGAAGGCAAAUGCGUGUUCGUGCAAAUCGUCUUCGACAAAAGAAUAUUCUCAGCCGUGUCAAUGUUCAAUCUCGAAUAAUUGGUCGACGCCGUAUAAUUGCGAAUAAUUCUCCAAUUAUGGCAACACGACGUGUUAGGACUGAUAGAGGGCCAAUUCGUUUUAAUACUCAACUGCCGGCUUUUCAGCAUGUUGUGUAA